UCAUCAAUUCCAUCACAAACAGUUGUCAUUCAUCAACCAGCAGAAAGGUUAGCUGCAUCAUCAACUAAAAGUCAAUGGCAAAAAGGAAAACUUAUUGGUCGUGGUACAUUUGGAAGCGUAUAUGUUGGAACCAACAGGGAGACUGGAGCUCUAUGUGCAAUGAAGGAAGUUGAUGUAAUCCCUGAUGAUCCCAAGUCUGCUGAAUGUAUAAAACAGUUGGAGCAGGAAAUUAAAGUUCUUCGUGAUCUAAAGCAUCCAAAUAUAGUGCAGUAUUAUGGCAGUGAAAGAGUUGAUGAUCAUUUUUAUAUAUACUUGGAGUAUGUUCAUCCUGGAUCAGUUAAUAAAUACAUCCGUGAACAUCAUGGAGCCAUAACAGAAGCUAUAGUUCGCAAUUUCACUCGUCAUAUUCUCUCUGGGCUGGCCUACUUGCAUGGUAGGAAGACAAUCCACAGAGAUAUCAAAUGUGCUAAUUUGCUUGUUGACGCAUCUGGCAUUGUGAAGCUUGCAGACUUUGGUAUGGCAAAACACCUUACAGGUCUAUCGUAUGAGCUCUCUCUGAAGGGCAGUCCAUACUGGAUGGCUCCAGAGGUCAUGAUGGCUGUGAUAAAAAAAGAUGACGAUCCUGAUCUUGCUUUGGCUGUUGACAUUUGGAGCUUGGGUUGUACUAUCAUUGAAAUGUAUAAUGGUAAACCUCCUUGGAGCGAGCUUGAGGGGCCUCAAGCAAUGUGCAAGGUUCUGAAUAGAACCCCACCUAUACCAGAAACAUUAUCUCCAGAAGGAAAGGACUUCCUUUGUUGUUGCUUUCGUAGAAAUCCUGCCGAUCGGCCAUCAGCUGAUAUGCUGCUUAAGCAUCCCUUUGUCCGAAAUUCAGGUGAUCAUUUUAGAAGUCCAAACAAAAUGGAUGUGAUCAUCUUUUAUCUUAGGAUAAAUCACAAAGUCCAAGAAACUGCAAUGUGCAGAAAAAUGAUUUUUUGCCUACCUCUCCUGGAAGGCCAGUUUCAAAUUAGAAGCCGUCAUGUAAGAGCAGCUUCUCACCACUCUCUUGAAGUCGUGCGUGGUUCAUCCGGAACACAAAUGAUUCAUGGUUCAAUCCUCUCAUGAAUGUUUCUAACAACAUGCCCCUCGGUGCUUUCGACAACCGUCCUUUUGCUGUUUUAAGGACUUAUGGAAGGGAAGUUGUGCUCUUCCAAGCAUUUGCUGGUGUUGAACGCAUUCAUUAUCUUGGAGGUUUAAUCUUUACAUAUGGGAAUUCAGGGUAGAGAAACUAAAUGAUGGUGUUUGUACGUCGAACUAUAUUUUGGAGUGGGAACGGGAGCUAAGGGAAAAGAAAUAGAGGGGAGGGAAGAAAGUCCAAGUAAUCUACUCUCCUCUCUCUUGUUUGGAUGCUAAUGAAGGAGAAGAAAUUAAAUGGGAGAUAAUGGUUUGCAAUUCUUAAUUGUUUGGUGGCAAA